GUUUUGAUUUGGAUGUAUUGAAGGGGGUUGGGCAAGGUGAGGCGAAACGAAAGAGAAAGAGAAUGGAGAAGAGGGUAGCAAUAUUACAGGAAUGGUUUGACCGCGUUGACUCGGAGAAAAGUGGAAGCAUAACAGCGGUGCAGCUAAAGACAGCUCUUGCUGUGGGCAACCUGGAAUUUCCGCUCUCAGUGGUUCAGCAAAUGAUCAGGAUGUACGAUUUCGACCGGAAUGGUACUAUGAGCUUUCAAGAAUUUGUUUCACUCAACAACUUCCUUCUUAAGGUUCAACAUGCAUUUUCUGAUCUAGAGAGGGGUCGUGGUUUUCUUGUACCUGAUGAUGUAUUUGAGGCUUUGGUAAAAAUUGGUUUCAUGCUGGAUUCUCCUGCUUUUUACUCUGUCUGUGAGAGCUUCGAUCAAAGUGAAAAUGGGAGGUUUCAGCUGGACAACUUAAUAUCAAUCUGUAUAUUCUUACAAUCAGCACGGAACCUGUUUAAUUCAUUUGAUACAGCAAAACAAGGCAGAGUUACUCUCGAUCUGAAUCAAUUUGUCUAUUGUACUGCCAAUUGCAGAAUAUGAUUCAACUAUAUGACGGCUUGAGAAGAUGAUUCACAAAUAAUGCACUUUGUAAAAUACCAUAAAGUCAUCUUAGAGCAAGUUAAGUUGUGAUGGUGUUAUAUAAAAUGAAAACAUCUUGGGUUUGGAUACUAUUUGCCAUCUGUCUGCAAAAUACCGUGGUUUCUUUUUCUCCUUCCGAUGAUGUAAUCUUAUUUAUAAAACAUCUUGGGUUAUGAUAACUUGUGAAGAUGAUUCGUAGAGUUUUAGAGCCAGUUAUGUGUUGGAGAUAAAAUAUGAUGUAUAUCCUGAUUCUCAUUUCUCUGCAAAUUUUAUACGAAGUGUUUUUAUGCCCGAAGUUGGAUAUAAUCAUGUACUGUAACUCAGCUAGUUUUGGGAGCAACAAGAUGUAAAUAUACAAGAAUCUAGGAUCAA